AAGGCAGACAUCGCUCUGAUCAAGAUCGAUACACCGAUGAAGCUGCCGGUGCUGCUGCUCGGUCGCUCGGCAGACCUUCGUCCCGGCGAGUUUGUGGUCGCGAUAGGCAGCCCCUUCUCCCUGCAGAACACCGUCACCACCGGCAUCGUCAGCACCACCCAAAGGGGAGGCAAAGAACUUGGCCUGCGCAACUCAGACAUGGAUUACAUCCAGACUGAUGCCAUCAUCAAUUACGGCAACUCUGGAGGACCACUAGUCAAUCUGGAUGGGGAGGUGAUCGGCAUCAACACUCUGAAGGUCACCGCAGGAAUCUCCUUUGCCAUCCCCUCGGACAAGAUCAGACAGUUCCUGGCAGAGUCACACGACAGACAAGCUAAAGGUAAAACACCACAGAAGAAGAAAUACAUCGGCGUCAGAAUGAUGAGUCUCACUUCAUCGCUGGCUAAGGAGCUGAAGGAGCGGCAGGCAGACUUCCCAGAUGUCACUUCUGGGGCGUACGUCAUUGAAGUCAUCAGCAGAACUCCAGCUGAGGCAGCCGGCCUGAAGGAGAGCGACGUCAUCAUCAGCAUCAACGGCGAACGAAUCACCUCUGCCAGCGACGUCAGCGCCGCCAUAAAGCGGGACGACACGCUUCGAAUGGUGGUGAGGCGAGGCAACGAGGAUGUCAUCCUCACCGUCAUCCCCGAGGAGGUCGACCCUUGACCUCUCAGCUGACUGGGCUACCAUUCAACGCAACACCUUAACCGCUCAUGCGAUCUCGAGCUGGCUCUCAGUGUUUUUCAGCCAAUCAUGAACACUUAAAAAAAGAACAAAUAUGUUAGGGUGUGUCUGGGGCCACACCUAGAAUUUGUAAUUAUUAGUACGGCUACUCGUCUUCCAUUUUUAUAGCGCUGACACACCUUCGGAGGUUCGUCACUCUGGGAUCUGAUGCUUCACCCCUGUCAUUGUACGGCUCAUAUUAGCUCUCAUCUUUCCUCUUUUCCAUCCUCACAGACCGUUUAUAUCCUACUAACACCACCUGUCGCUACAAAGAGGUUACUGCAGGUUUCCGUAGUUUCACUGUAUGUUCUCCAUGGGAUGUUUUUAAUAGUGGUUUUUUUUCAGUAUGUGUUUGAUGACAAUGUUUUCAAAAAAGGGAAUAAAAUUAUUUUUAAAAAA